UUUUCAGCGCCGUUCUGUGCCGUGGUUUUAGGGCAGAGCAAAGACUUGGUGGGGGCCGGACUCGCUGGCUGGGCUCAGAGCAGCCUCGACGAAAAUGUGCUCAACAACGCCACGGCCUCCGCAUCCGACAUACUAGCACAGCUCUUCGGCUUCCGACUUGACUGGUCCACCUUUCCUGUUGUCCGUGUUCGAGAGGUCAUCCCGAAGACGCCGGAUGGUGCUGG